GUAAAUUAGGGGCUGUCAAUUCCCCAGCCUCCUGCCGACGACGACGUGCACAUAUCUUGGUUCCUCUCCCCCUUCCCCUCGUCGGCAGCGACAGCAACUCAAUUCGCACCCACCCCAUCCCUCCAUGUCCGCCGACAAAGAAGAGCGCUUCGGCGCGGCUGACUCCUCGCUCGCGCACGGGCACUUCUCCGGCCACGACGGUCACAGCAAACACCCGCACCUCUUCGCGGUGAAAGUCAAGCUCGUGCACGCAAAGAACUCCUGGGGGAAGCUCGCGAACAUCUUCAACCCGAACCACCGACACGACGAGCCACACGAGCAAGCGAUCGACCGGCGGCGCGAGGAGAUCGCAAACUCGCACCGCUACAAGUCGUUUGCGCCCGAGACCCAGGGGAACGACGUCAAGUGGUACGUCGACGGCCGCGACUACUUCUGGGCGGUCAGCGUCGCCCUCGAGCGCGCGACAGAGUGCGUCUACAUCGAGGACUGGUGGCUGUCGCCGGAGCUGUUCCUGCGCAGGCCGCCGGCGGAGCAGAGCGAGUGGCGCUUGGACCGCCUGCUGAAGCGGAAGGCAGAGCAGGGCGUCAAGAUUUAUGUAUCCGUCUACAAGGAGAUCACCUACUCGCUCACGUGCAACAGCGCGCACACGAAGAAGGCGCUCGAGAGUCUGUGUCCGCAUGGCACCAAGGGCCACGGGAAUAUCGUUGUGGUCCGCCACCCCGACCACGAUCCGUUCCUGCACGGCGCGGAUCCCACGUUCUUCUGGGCGCACCACGAGAAGUUCGUCGUCGUCGACCACAAGGUCGCCUUCAUCGGCGGCUUGGAUCUCUGCUUCGGCCGUUGGGAUAUGCAUCAGCACCCGCUCGCAGACACUCAUCCAGAGGACGUCACUGAUCAGGUCUGGCCCGGCCAGGACUUUAACAAUAAUCGCAUCAUGGACUUUCAGAACGUCCAGGAGUGGAAGGCGAAUCAGCUCGACAAGACAAAGUAUGGCCGCAUGCCGUGGCACGAUGUCGGCUUGGGCAUCGUCGGGCCGGCCGUGAUGAGUAUUGCGGAUCAUUUCGUCGGGCGGUGGAAUUUCCUGAAGCGCGACAAGUACAAACGCAACACUCGGCGGCCAUGGCUGCAGCUCCGCGGGAUCCCCGACGGCCUAGCCGGCGUGCAGCGCCCGUCCUUCCCGCUCGGUGGCUACAUCCAGCACCCGCUGCACGAAGCGGGCUCGUACCCACUCGAGAACCGGGGGCCAUGCAAGGUGCAGCUCGUGCGCUCGUCGGCGGACUGGUCGCACGGCAUCCUCCCCAAAGACGACAGCAUCCAGACGGCAUACAAGUCCAUCAUCGAGAACGCGCAGCACUUCGUCUACAUCGAGAACCAGUUCUUCAUCACCGCCACGGGCGACCAGCAGAAGCCCGUGCACAACCAGAUCGGAAGGGCCAUCGUAAACGCGAUCGUGCGUGCGCACAAGGAGGACAGGAAGUUCCGCAUCAUCAUCCUGAUCCCGGCCAUCCCCGGCUUCCCGGGCGAUCUGAGGGAGGACUCGGCGCUGGGCACGAGAGCAAUCAUCGAUUAUCAGUACAAGUCCAUCAACCGCGGCGAACACUCCAUCUACGGCCAGCUCGAGGCCCAGGGCAUCGACCCGACAAAGUACAUCUUCGUGUUCAACCUGCGCACGUACGACAGGCUGCACACCACCGAGGGCCUGCGCAAGCGUGAGAAGGAGACGGGCGUCACGUACAACGACGCCACGGCGGGGCAUACGGAGCAGGUGGCGGGCACCAAGGGCAGGCCCGACAUCCUCUCGCACACGCCGGCAAUGCUGGUGGGCCACGACGACUCCGAGAGCUCGUCCGACGAGGAGGAGGCGGCGGAUAAACGGAAGAAGGUCCAGGCCGGCGAGGGGAAUGCGCCGGCGAAGGAUACGGUCGCCGAGGACGCCAUGGCGGGCACGGCAAAUAUCGCCGACGAACCGUGGGACGACGGCGAGGAGCACGAGAAGAUGGGGUUCUUCCAGGAGGAACUGUACAUCCACGCGAAGGUGCUCAUCGCGGAUGACGAGGUCAUGGUCGUCGGCUCGAGCAACAUCAACGACCGCAGCCAGCAGGGCGACCACGACUCGGAGCUAUCCGCCGUCGUCGAACACGGUCCCACCGUCUCGUCGAUGCGAAAACACCUCUGGAUGGAGCACCUCGGUCUGUUGAAGCCGCAACUACUCGACGGCAGCGACGAUCCCAACGCCCAGCCCCCAGGUGACGGCGCGAACCGCCUCGACGCAGAUCCGGUCGUCGAGGACCCCAUGUCCGAUGAGCUGUGGGAGCUGUGGACGACCCAAGCCACGGAUAACACGAAAGUGUACCACGACCUCUUCCACGUCGAUCCCGACAACUGCAUCAAAACGUGGAAAGACUACGACAGCUUCUGUCCGAAGCGCGACCAGGUGCCCGCCGGUCACAUCUGGGACAUGGACAAGUACACGGCGCAGCAGAUCAAGGAUCAGAUGGCAAAGGUCCGCGGUCACCUCGUCUGGAUGCCGCUGGACUUCCUCAAGGAUGAGCAGAUGGCGGAACCGGGGUUGUCGUUUAAUGCUGUUACGGAGAGUAUUUAUACUUGAUUCAAGAGGGGUUAAUGGAGUGGGAGACGGGCGUUGGGUGUUUUUUCUUUAUAUGUAUGCGGAGUGUACUUGUACGGUAGUGAACAUUUGUGUUAUUUACGAAUGGAGUUCUGAUACCCCCUCACAUAUAUCACUCGACAUCGCCGGG